AUGGCAGCAGUGUCCUCUUCUCCCAUCAGUGACCCUGCGUCUGCGUCUGCAUCUGCAUCUGCAGUUCGCGGCUUCUUGCAGUGUGCUGUUGCGCUCUACCAAGAUGUAUUCGCCCUGCAUAACGAUGCGGAUGGCGAUGGUGAUGGUGAUGGUGACGAGCCCACGAAAGGCGGCCCUUCCACCGCAGGUCAACGCCUGGCUGCGCAUGCUGGUCCGCUUGGCGGCUCUCUGAAGGCGCUCAAGGCUGUUCAACCCGCUGUCGACGGCGUUGAUGUGCAUCCGCUCAGCACUCUACCAGGAGCCUGUGCCAAAGUUGCACAAGAUCUGAUGCUGCAUCUCGAUGGGAUCGCCAGUGAAAUGCAACCCAAGGCGGCCGUUGAUGGGACCAAUCUGCGUGACUUGUGGUCCAUUCGCGAUGUUGCUGCCCUUGGGACGCGACUUCAGGAGUUGAGCCAGCGGUUCCAUGAUGUUGACAAUGCAUUCGAAGUCCGCCGGCUUCCUCUCCCCGACCUCACUCCGUUGGAACAGAAGAAGGACGCGUCCGAAGACAGAGAUGCACCGCCAAAGGAAGAAGACGAAAAAGAAAAGGGAAAGCAGAAGAUGAGGCGCAUUCAAAUCGUGCCCGGCGACAACCAGUUCAUUGAGAUUCCUGUCAAGCAUCGACCGACGCCAGACUCCAUCGUCCACGACUACAUCCUCGACACUCUUUCUUACAAGAGCAUGCAUUUCAGAGAGCAAGAGGUCACAAAAGCCCAUAGCAAGACUUUUGAGUGGGUGUUUCAACCUUCAACUUCCACCGAAGCUGGAAAGGAAGAAAGAUCAGAGCACCCCUUUUCGACGUGGCUCCAAGGUAAUGCUCUUGGCCCCAUCUACUGGAUCACUGGCAAGCCAGGAUCGGGCAAGUCAACGCUCAUCCGGUUUCUCUUCGACCACGAAGCCGCAAAGGAACGCCUCAACUCCUGGGCCGGUGACAAGCCUGUGCUGACGGCGGGAUUCUUCUUCUGGACCAGCGGAUCCCGAGAGCAGCGUUCGCAGGCGGGAUUGCUGCGGUCCUUGCUCCAUCAAAUACUCUCAGAGCAUCCAGAAUUUGCUCCAGCGGCGUUCCCUGAUCUGUGGAAGAAACUCAAGGCAUUGACCACGAAAGAACGGGUUGCGUUGCAGUUGGACUGGUCUGUUGCGGACCUUUUGGAGGCGUUCCAGCGCGUCAUGGAUGCGGUGGUGCCGACAAUGAAUGUUUGCCUGUUCAUUGACGGACUGGACGAGUUUGAAGGCGAUCAUACGGCCAUUAUCGAUUUCUUCAAGAAUCUGAGCUCGGAAGAAAAGGGGCAAUCGAUCAAGAUCUGCCUGUCUUCUAGGCCGUGGGCCGUCUUCCAGGAUGCGUUUGAGUAUGCCGUCCCGAACUUGAGACUGCAGGAUCUCACCUAUAACGACAUGCAUCGCUAUAUGAGGGACAGACUGCGGCAGAACGUUUACAUCCGAAGGCUCCUUAAGCAGGAGGCCGAAGCUGGAGAAGGACUGAUCAGGGCCACGGUCGAAAAGGCUGAUGGCGUGUUUCUCUGGGUAAGACUCGCUCUCAACGAGAUGGUUCGCAAGUUUGACCAGGGCACUGGGCUGGCGGGCUUGUCUGAGACUAUGCGAGCUUUGCCGACAGAGCUGAAUGACCUAUUCAACUUAUUCUUCUUCGAGAACCAAGAUCAUGACGAGCUGGAGGAGGCAGCCAUCAUCUUUGGCCUCAUGAACGCGCGCGAGCUCGUGGCCGACUUUAUUCAGAAUGAUUCCGCCAUCGCCCUCACCCUGUGGGAAUUUGCGUUUGCUCUCAAGGGUGACGAAGACGAUAAAGCUGCGGUAUCUGAGGAGGUGAAGCAGGUAUCCACCGCCACGGCUUAUGAACGCUGCCAAAUGGCCGUCUCUCUCAUCAUGAACCGAUUCUCCGGUCUUCUUGGGAUACAUGCGCGCCCUGCAUCCGGAGUCGCUCGUGGCCUUCGAUUUGCCGACAAGGGUGAAGAAGACAUGAGCGAAGUGAUAGAUGCGGCUGCACGACGAGUCACUUAUAUCCAUCGCACGGUCCGUGACUGGUUCAUGGAAGAGCCUGGAGUCAUGGACCGUCUUGUCAGCAAGACACCUGCCGAUUUUGAUCCUCACUUGCGGCUGCUCCGGUCAUAUAUCCUCCAGAUGAAGAACCCCCUCGAGGAGAUUGAGCAUCAUCGGCAGCUGGACGAGUGGUGGCCCGGCAUUGCACUCGCCAUGACGCAUGCGAGAUACGUGCAGAAAGACCCCCAGAAUCUGCAGCGGGAAAUGGUCAACGAGGUGGACAAGACGAUUUCCUGGUACUGGCUGCGCAAGACUGAUGAUCCGUACGACCACUGGGCGAGAUAUGGACUGGGGCCGUAUCGAAUCUUUACGAUUGCUGCGCCGUUGUGGCAGCCCUUUUUGUGUCUGGCCACCAAGUUCGGGCUCGCUCGCUAUGUAUCAGAGGAAGUCCUCGCUCGCAGCGCCUUGGAAGACAAGCUUUCAAACGAAGCAAAGGAGCUUCAGACGGCCGAAUCGACGCCGCUGCUUGCCUAUGCCACCGAGUUUCUCUGUUCUCGAAACAAGACCAUCUACCCCCUUUCGGACCCUCAUCUGGUCGCGCUGCUCCUGAACAACCAGUGCCGCAUCAACCCGGGCCCGAAUCACCCAUACACUGACUUUUGGACUCAGCAGCCGCGGACGCCCUGGAUCACGGUGCUCCGACACUUGCGAGACGCGCGGCGGAGAGGCUGGAUCGAAUACUACGAUGUUGAUCCGCAGGGCACGGCGCGGUGGGCGGAGAUUGUGAAGCUGUUGGUGGAGGUGGGAGGAGCGGAUAAGAAGGCGAUUGUUGCCAAGGAUAGUUGGGACCCUGAGAUUACGGCGGUGGGAGUGAUGGACUUGUUGGAGGAGACGUACCGGGCUGUUGAGAUGAAGGAGUUGGUGGAGAUGAUGAAGGUUUAG